CGGCGGAGUACGCGCGACAGCUCGGAUGGGCCACGUAGCUGGACUGGGUACUGGUUUGCAGAGAUCCCAGUCCUCGGCGCGCAUCAGCAUAUGACAACUUCAUAAUAAUAGUAAUAAUUUGUCUUUGAUUCCAAAAGCUGCUGUUACCGCCUUUUGCCAAAUGUACCUCCGCGCGCGUGCAGCCCCUGAAUCUGUGCAACUCUGAUUGCGAGGAGGAGGUCGCGCCGGACGGAGGUAAUGUAUUUUAAAGGGCUCUUCAAUCAAGACCUAGAUGCCCUUGCUUUGGUUCAAUAAAUGGAAUUCUUCUUGUUUUUACCUGGUCUGCAGUUUGAAGACACCGGCAUCCUGCAGGGCCUUUGGAGAGUUUGCAGCUGGGACCUACUCACUCCUCACGUAACACAACAGGAGAUUACUUUCUAAAUUUGAACAUCUGAGACACUGUAACACUUUAUUUUUAAAGUCUCUGUUCAGCAGACAGAACAAAACCUGGAUGAGAUUUUGUAUUUUUUUUCCACAACUGUAUUUCUUCUGUGGAAAGCAUGGACGCCCUCUUUGAAUCGGGUUGAGGCUUGCACCUGAUCCCCUCCUUCCUGUCUCUUCAGUAGGAGGGUGGGGGAGAUUAGUGUGGCUCUCAUUGCUCCUCUUUGGGGAGUAGACCUGUCUAACUGGACCCCUUAACAAUUGUACCUUCCCUUUUCUUUGGGUGCCACACGCUUUAUUCUGACACUCACCCUUCAUGAAAUCCUGCCAGAGCCUCAAGGAGGAGGUUUCCGUCCCUAAUCUUGGCGUGAUGUCACAGGAGGAGGGACGUCGGGCACAUGUGUCCCAAUCCCAUUUUCACUCCUCCAACCCAGAUCUGGAUGUUACAGGAAAGCUUUACAAGAGGGAAAUUGGUGGCAAGCCUUAUUCUGUGUUAGUAGACAAUAAAAUAGUAAACAAGGCAUCCUCUGGAGAUCAGAACAUUGGACAGUGUCCCACACAGCAGCAUCAGCAUUAUUUCAGAGAGGUAGCAGAAGGACAGGAGGCGGGAUUGCAGGCUGACAAUGACGGCACAACUGAUGACUCUGACGAUGAAGAAGAGGGUGAGGAUGAGGAUGGUGAGGAGGGCUUCAAGCGUGAGCAGAUCAUUGUUGAGGUCAACCUUAACAAUCAGACACUUUAUGUAUCUAAAGGGGACAGUAAAACUGGAACUGCAGCAGAGGAGUCUGACAGAGCUGAGAGUGAAGAUGAUGAUGAUGAGGAGCAGGAGGAUGAGGAGGAUGAAGAAGACAGUCCUGAUGAAGAAGAGGAUGUAGAUGAUGGAGAAGAGGCGAUAGAAAGUCAAAGCAUGAGGGCUAAAGGAGUUCAUCGGAGGGCUAGUAGUUCUGCAGCUCCCCACCAGCCUCAGAGGAAAAGCCAUCGAAGGGCUUUGAGUACCACCGGUGCUGGAAUGACCACAAGAGGGAGACUUAAGCGCAUGGAGCCUCCAAAGAGAAAGCGCAGCGCUUCCAGGGCAGCACCCUGCUCUGCUGGAUCCAUGACGACGGGUGGGAAAACUGUGGAGGAAAAGGAGAUGCUGGCAUGUGAGAAGUGUCCCCGAGUGUUCAACACACGCUGGUACUUAGAAAAACACAUGAAUGUGACGCACAGACGAAUGCAGAUUUGUGACAAGUGUGGGAAGAAGUUUGUUCUGGAGAGUGAGCUGACCUUACAUCAGCAGACUGACUGCGAGAGGAACAUCCAGUGUGUCACAUGCAGCAAGUCUUUUAAGAAGUUAUGGUCGUUGCAUGAGCACAUAAAGAUUGUCCAUGGGUAUGCGGAGAAAAGGUUCUCGUGUGAAAUCUGUGAGAAGAAGUUCUACACUAUGGCUCACGUUCGCAAGCACAUGGUUGCUCACACGAAGGACAUGCCAUUUACCUGCGAGACGUGUGGGAAGUCAUUUAAACGCAGCAUGUCUUUAAAAGUUCACUCACUCCAGCAUUCUGGAGAGAAACCUUUUCGUUGUGAGAACUGUGACGAGCGAUUCCAGUACAAGUACCAGCUGCGCUCCCACAUGAGUAUUCACAUUGGACAUAAGCAGUUCAUGUGCCAGUGGUGCGGCAAAGACUUUAACAUGAAACAGUAUUUUGAUGAGCACAUGAAAACACACACAGGAGAGAAGCCUUUCAUUUGUGAGAUCUGCGGGAAGAGCUUCACCAGUCGGCCCAACAUGAAGCGCCACCGUCGCACCCACACUGGUGAGAAGCCGUACCCCUGCGAGGUUUGUGGCCAGCGCUUCCGCUUCUCCAACAUGCUCAAAGCACACAAAGAGAAGUGUUUCCGGGUCACCAGCCCUGUGGUUCUACAGACCAGCGGUUCAGCCGUGCCUCUCGGUAUCUUUGCCAACGCCUUCUCAUCCUCUCCUGGCCACGGACCCUCAGCUCCCUCCCCAGCCGGCACCUCGGUGCCGCAGGGCCUCAGCCCCUCAGGAGGGCCCAUGACUCAGCGAGGCCCAGUCGGACACACGUUCUCUCGUGUGCAGCAUCACUCGUCCCACUCUCACCACCAUUCCCACCUUGCAACAGCUCAGCAGCACCUUUCAACAGCACCCCAGCAUGCACCGCCCCACUCCCACCACCAUCUUACUGUGCCUGCAGUACCCCACCUCCCCCCUCCACCAGCCCUUUUUAAGAGUGAGCCCCUAAACCACUAUGGGCAUGAAGACAGCAGCUAUCUGCACCACAUGGGCCCCCCUGAAAAGGGCUCUGGAGCCUCACAGCACCUCUGAACUGUGCUGCAGGCUCGUACCAAACCUCGCCUUUUUACUCCACUUCUCAUAGUCCUGCCUCUGUGUGUUUUUUGGCGGGGUCGGGGUCCUAAUGGUGGGAUACGGCUCCAGGUCAGCUAUCAA